CACACACAGACUCACUCGUCGAGUCCGGUCAGCGUGACGCACUGGACGGGCAGUUUGAUGGUGCGAAUGACGACCUCCACCUUUGCACCAUCGCUGUUGGUGACCUUCUUGCGACGCUCAGAUACCACUGCACACACACACACACAGACAGACAGACAGACACACAGACAGACGUGUGUGUGUGGGUUGCUUCCUUCCUUCCUCCCUCCCACACAGACUGACCGAGUGUCUGGCGGGGCUGGCACUCGACGCCGUACAUCUUGAGGAGGUACUCGGCUAUGGAGGUUUCGUUGCCGCUCGAAUCGACGAACUUGGUCUCAGGCGUCUCGUCAAACGCUACCUGCACACACACACACACACACACAGACUGAGUCCUCAAGGGAGAGAGAGAGCCAAGUGGAUGGCUGGCCGUGUGUGCGCUGUCUCGCUCGCUGUGGGGUGUGGUGUGUGUACGCGCGUACGCGGUCGAUGCAGUAGAGUGAUCUGCUGCGGUUGUUGUCAGGCCCCGACUCCUGCACACACACACACAGACAGACAUACAGACGUGUGUGUGUGUCUGUGUGUGUGUGUGCACUUUGUGCGUGCGUACGUAUGAGGUCAUGACGCGCCUGCCCUUGAACUUGUCGUUGAUGUGUGUGUGGAACGCUGCACACACACGCAGGGUGGGGGAGAGUGGUGUGGGUGUGCCGGGGGUGGGUGUGUUGAGGGGGAGAGGGAGGGGGUUUACUUACCAUCCUCACUCCCACUGAACCCUCGCUGCAUCACACACACCGAGAGAGAGAGAGAGAGAGAGAGAGAGAGGGAGAGGGGCCAUAAGCACAUGGAUGGAUGAAAGGAUGAGUGUGGUGUGGUUGGUGUGUUGAUUGAAUGGGCGUAGUACCUUUUCGUUCUGGAUUACGGCGAGCAGCGUCUCGUUGUGGACUAUGCGGUGCGUGAGGUCGGCCUGGAGGUAGAGGGACUUGCCGAUCUGCUGGAUGGACGUGAAGUGACCUGACAACCAACCAACCCAAGCCACAAACCAAGACAACACAUCCAUCCAUCCAUCCAUCUGUGUGUGUGUGUUGGGGGGGGGGGUUCACCUGGGAGCAGCAGCAUCUCUUUACUAUUGUUGGGCCCGUACUUGACUUUCUUGACGAGGGUGCUGAGCUGCUCGGGCGAACGCUCGCUGCACAUGUUGGUGAGGAACCCGUGACGCCCGAUGAACUCCAUGUGCAGCUGGCCCUGAAAAAAAAGAAAAAAAAAAACACACACACACACAUACAGGAGAGAGAUUCAUGUGUGUGUGUGUGGUUGGUGUGGGUCACCAGCGCCUUCUUGAGUGCGACGUUCAUGUACUGGAUGGCCUCCUGCGACAAAUCGCCACCGCGCAGCACCAGGUCGUGCUUGAACGCCAACUGAAUCGAAAACUGCACACCAAUGACACCACACCACACACCAAAGACAUGCAUGGCCGGAUGGGCCCAUCCAUCCAUCCCCACCCUCCCAUCCCCGUCUGUCUGUCUGUCUGUGUGUGUGUGACUUACCGUCUGCGAGUUGCCCUGGAUGGUUGAGUCGACCGCCACGGUCUGGUUGGGCGUGAGGCUGUGCGGCAGCGUGACGAACAAGUUCAUGCCCUGGUGCAGGAUGGCCCCGACCUUCGCACCAUCAGCAACCAACGCGUUCAGAAUCUGCACACACCACACACCACACACCACACCACACCACACCGCACCAUCCAUCACACCCAUCCAUUCAUCCCAUCAUCCUUCUCUGUGUUUGUGUCUGUGUGCCAUGGGGUGUGUGUGUGUGUGUCACAGUAAUCACCGGUUCCUGGGCGUUGUAGAUGACCUUGCGCACCUCGCUGACAUUGGUGAUGGGCGGGGUGAUGUUGACGGCGUACACCUGGAUCUUGACCGACUCGUCCACCUUGAGGUUGAACAGGUUGGUGGAGGCGUCGACGGAAUUGCCCAGCGAGCAGAAGGAAGGACGCACCACCGCACCGCCGCCAGCCCCGUUCGGCUCCGUCAUGACCGCUCACCAACACCAAGUGCAGCAAGCAGGGGGAGGACGGGGCCUUCAGUCAAUCACUCAGCGGAAAGAAAUCAGUCUAAGCCGAGGAGAAAGAGAAGAACGC